AAGAAUAAUUAGAGUACUGGACCUUCUUCCCACAGUACUAUGACUUAAUAUUCACAAGGCGCGUGUGUCCCUAACGCCAUUCCAUUAUGACAAAACUCGCUCAUAAGCCUGUAACCCGGAAGUUACCUGUACAACAAGGAAGUCGAACGACAAGCAGAAUGGACGACUUCCCCAAAUGUUCUGUCUGUCAGCAGCAGCUUACCCUGAAAGGCCCCGCCCCCUACCUACUGCCCUGUCUACACGCUGUGUGUGAGACAUGUGUGACAUCUGCAGCUGGUGGUGUGAUAUCAUGCUCCACAUGUCAGAGGGAGGUCAACCUCACAGACACAAGCCUCCAGAAGGAUGCAGUGAGACAGAAGGAAAUAUUCCACCUGACAGUCAAACAUCGCCCCACAGAGCUUCUCUGUACACAUGAAGAUGACGGCAACCAGGCUGCGUGUUGGUGUCCAGAGUGUGAAGAGUUACUCUGUGAAUACUGCCAGAACAUGCACAACAGUUUUAAAGCUACCAGACGACAUGUUGUUGAAACCAUUGUGGACACAGCACCAGGAGGCAUGCAUGCUGAACCAGUUUGCAAACUUCACAAGCGUUAUCCUCUGGAAUAUUUUGACAAAAGCUGCAACAUUUUAAUCUGUACGAAAUGCAGGGCCGGCGACCAUGCUGAACACGAUGUUGAGGAUUUAGACGUAGCUUCUGACGCUGCUCAAGGGCAGAUAGAACAACAUGGGAAGAACGUGACUGCACAUCAUACGUCUCACCAAGCAUAUCUGAAGAGCAUCAACAAAGCCGUUAAUGACACCAAGAAGACAAGCAGUGCUGUGAAGGAGACCAUCCACCACACUUUCCAUUCUCUGAGAACACAACUCGAUCAAAGAGAGAAGGAGCUGAUCAUCGAUCUUGACAAUCAGACGAAGCAGAAACUGGCAAAUCUCCACACAGAGCAAGUUACCUCUGAAGGCGAGAGUGAACGAUGCAAGUGGACCUCAGACUACAUCAAGACAGUGCUCAGAUAUGCUUCAAACUCGGACUUUCUGACACUGGAGAGUUCAAUCCAAGAAACAGCACAGACUCACCUCAGAUCAGUUCCACCAGAGCUGCACCAUUCACCUGCAGCCGUCUUCAACAUGAGAGGUCUGGAGAAACUGAAAUCCGACAUUUCUAAGUUUGGGUCUGUCGUUGGAGAUGGAUCAGCAUCUGAUGAACACACACUGAGGGACAGAGGUACACAGACAGAUGACAUCCAUCUACCUGACCCGGAGAACACACUCAAGCAUUUGAAGCUUCCGGAUGCCUCUAAGGAUCCAACACCACUACCACAGUUUGAUGCGGGGACGAACACCUACAGUCUGGAAACAGAAAUAGGGACCACGUUGACACUGCAGUGUCCUAAACUACAACUGGACGCUGCUCGAGCCAACGCAGACAGGUGCCACGUAACUACAGCCGGUCAGCUGGUGAACUCGCGGCCCGCCACACAACACAGACACAGCGGCAGGUUACGGAAAUAUUGGGGUACAUGUGCCUCCACCCCCAUCCCCCUUCCUCUAACCCCCUCUACUGUCACCCCUGUCCCACACACACCACGAUACUGGGAGACACACUCUAGGGUGGGUGUGGUGAGUGGAGGGUGGUGGUAUCCUGUCCUGGAGGUGGGUGUGGUGGAGGAGAGCCAGGUAGACAGUGAGAGGUGUGUUUGUUACCAGCGCCGCUCCUGGUGUGUCUGUGUAUGGAGCUGUGGCACACACCGGGGGAGUCUCUGUACCAGUGUGUGGCAGCAGGGGGAGGGGGGGAAGUGUUACAGUAACACAAUGUCUGACACACCCGGUACACAGGCCACCCUCCACUAUGGCGUUGUGCUGGAUGUGGGGAGGGGGAGACUCGCCUUUAUCGACCUCAACAGAGAGGUUGUUUUAGCCAAGGUGGAUGUUGAGUGGAGCGAGUCUCUUCUUCCCAUGUUUGGUGUUGGGCGGUCAGAUCGCUACACAGUCAACAUGAAGGUGAUAAGUGGCGCAGAUAUCACCAUGACUGACACCAAGAAGUCGCUUAUUUAUGACGCCCUAAAUUAGACAAUGAAAUAAACAUAACAUUGUGUAAACUUGUAAGUGUGACUUAUUUAUUUAAACUGUCAACUGUAACUGUAGUGAUUGAGGCGGACGUAUAAGUUGUCUGUCUAUGUGCUGUUUGUUUUGGACAAGAAUGUAACGAAGUCAGCUAAAUGUGUUGUUUUACUGCUUGACUGGAUUCUCUUGUGUAUAAGAAAGAUUUUACAUCCACACAUGACUAUUGUUAUGAUUAUUAUUCUGCAGUAGUUGACCAGUUUAUCACACAUUUCAUACAUGUCUGGGAAAUAUCACAACAAAUAACUGAGUCAGAAAUUCAUCAAAAGUUGUUUCAAAUCAUGAAUUUAUCGCCAUGUUUCGUUUCUUCUCUGUAAUACAAAUGUUUUAAAUCCCCA